AAAGUGCUUCCUGACUGAGUGCCGUAGUUAUGUGUGAAACAAGUCAGGGGCUGAGUAGUUCUCAUCUGUUGAUCACAGUUAACUUUAAGCCUCUGCACGGGGGAGAGCUGUCAGAUCUGUUUUCAGGCAUAAAGCGCUUCAAUCCAGGCAGCAACUGGAAAUUUUGAAGAAGCAGGAACUACUCUGGAAGGAAACUAUCAGAAAUGGAAUUUCUUUUUACUUAGAAUUUAAAAGGGAAAAAAAAUCAAAACUUCAGCCACUCUUUUUUUCAGCUAAACAUGUGCUUUCCUAACUAAGCUGGGACUCUGUAUCAUAAAGGAUCUAUUUCAUCUCACUGGAUCCAUGCUACCUUUUACUACAUAUGUUCUUGAGGAAGAAGUGCAGAUAUGGAUCACGUAAGCUGCAGUUUCUCUUGUUGCUGCUGAUGCUGGGCUUUUUGCUACUGAUGGUUACAACGCUGAAUCCACCACCCAGCAACCAGAGCAAGGAAGGGACUUUCCAGCCUGUGGAGUUCAACCCCCGGGAAGGGUAUCAGGUGGACUUUGUGGAGACCCAAGAGAUGCUGGACACCCAGGAGGAGAGCCAGCAGUACUACCCUUUGGAUGGGCUGUCACCGUUCAUCUCCCUGCGGGAGGACGAGUUGAUCGCAGCCGUCGUGUCACCCACGGGCCGGAGGAACCACAGCAAGGCCAGGAAGGGCUAUCGCGUGGUGAAGCAGCAGAGCAGGCGGCCGGAGGCGAGGGCCGAGGGGGACGCGGAGUCCCCGCAGCUCCCGGCCCGUCCUCUGCAGCCCGCGGAAGGCGCUGCCGCGGGGCAGCGGCCGCUCGGCCUGGAAACCCACGGCUUUAACGAAGCGCUGAGCGAGCGGAUCUCUCUGCGCAGGGACCUGCCUGAGGUACGACACCCGUUGUGCCUACAGCAAGAAUAUGACUCCAGUCUGCCUACUGCUAGUGUCAUCAUCUGUUUCCAUGACGAAGCCUGGUCUACUCUGCUGAGAACCGUGCACAGCAUUAUGGACACAGCCCCGAAGGCCUCCCUCAAGGAUAUCAUCCUAGUCGACGAUCUCAGCCAGCAAGGGCCUCUGAAGUCAGCUCUGAGUGAAUACAUCUCUAAGCUGGAUGGUGUGAAACUCAUCCGGAGCAACAAAAGGCUUGGAGUCAUCCGAGGUCGGAUGCUAGGAGCUGCACGAGCAACCGGAGAUGUGCUGGUCUUCAUGGAUUCGCACUGCGAGUGUCAGAAGGGCUGGCUGGAACCCCUCCUAGCUAGGCUGUCCAGCAACCGAAACAGUGUCGUCUCCCCUGUCAUAGAUGUCAUAGACUGGAAGACUUUUCAGUACUAUCACUCUGUGGGCCUGCAUCGAGGUGUUUUUGAUUGGAAACUAGAUUUUCAUUGGGAACCAGUGCCAGAGCGUGAAGAGAAGGUACGACAGUCUCCCAUCAGCCCUAUCAGGAGUCCUGUGGUAGCUGGUGCAGUGGUGGCCAUGGAUCGACAUUAUUUCCAAAACACUGGAGCUUAUGAUUCUGAUAUGACCAUGUGGGGAGCAGAAAAUCUUGAGCUAUCUAUAAGGACCUGGCUCUGUGGUGGCUCUGUAGAAAUUAUUCCAUGCUCCCGAGUUGGGCAUGUCUAUCGAAAUCACUUUCCCCGUGCUUUCUCCUAUGAAGAGGCCAUUGUGAGGAACAAAAUCCGAAUAGCAGAGACCUGGCUGGGCUCUUUUAAAGAUAACUUCUACAAGCAUGACACUGUGGCUUUCCUAAUCAGCAAGGCAGAGAAGCCAGACUGCAGUGAGCGCCUUCAGCUACAGAAGAGACUGGGCUGUAGAAGUUUCCAAUGGUUUAUAUCAAAUGUGUACCCUGAACUCUCCCAACUUGAAGACACACCAAGAUUCUCUGGCACGCUUUACAAUACUGGUGUUGGCUUCUGUGCAGAUUACAGACCUGCAAGCGCCGCUGCAGAAGGCUCUAUUGAACUCUCCCCUUGCAGUGACAGCCUCACCCAGCACUUUGAAUAUAACAGCAUGAAGGAAAUCCGGCUUGGUUCUGCUCCGCUCUUUUGCUUUGAUGUCAGACACGGGAAAGUUAUCCCUCAAAACUGUACAAAGGAGACAGACGACAGCCAACAGCGCUGGGAGGUCCAGGAGAAUGGAAUGAUUGUCCAUGUCCUUUCUGGCAAAUGCAUAGAGGCAUCGAAGAGUGAUGAUGAGAAGGACUUGUUUUUAUGUGUAUGUAAUAAGAAUGCAAAUCAGGUGUGGCAAUUUGAACAUUCCCAUGUGCUACGUCAGAGAUGACCCACAGGUCUCUGUGGAGGUCAAGUCUCCAAAAUUUAACAUUACUUCUGUUUGGGAUUUAAGAUACAUUUCCUGCAUGGACAUGAAAGAUCUGUGUUUGCUGUAGCAUGCAGGCAACUUAGGAAGGUCACUCCUUUGAAAGCGUGGCUCAUAUAGUUGCCACCAGUUCCUGGCUUUAUUCAGCUCUAGCUAAAAAUUCUAUUUAUUCUGUGAAGCAGGGAAUAAAGAUACUGUGAGCAUCUAUAGAUUCUCAACUCUGCUAUUGCAGGAGACAGUUGUUUGCCCUUUGAAGAAAACAUGGAAAAUUGUUUGGCAGACAGCUUGUCUUUAGCAUAUUCUGUGACUUCUGGGCAUACAGGAAAACGAAUAUUUGUGAAACUUUUGAAAAUGCAAGAGGAAGAAAGCCAGAUCAGGAUUAGCAUUGAGCCUUGUUUUACAGUGCAUUUGAGUCACAUAAAACAAAGUAGGUUUUUUAUGCAAAAAAGUUAUAGAUAUGUAAUGUGUAAUAGCUAAAUUUUUUUUCCAACUAGCCUGAGCCAGAUUUCUACCCUUUAUGAGUUUGCACAGGGCAUAAAUUAGCACUUAAUUAGGCACUAACUGCUCUAAUUGACUUGGAAUACCAACAGUCCUCGGGGUCUGGCGCAGCCUACCUUAAAUCCUUCGUUCACAGUCUAAUUUGGAUCAGAAAAUGAGACUGAAUUAUUAACAACUUUGUUUAAGCUGUAAUGAAAUUUAAGAACAACUCUUCAGGAAACUUUUGUGGAGUAUGAAAGAUUGAAUUAGAUGAGAGGGAAGAAUAACAGAAAGAGUCAGUGGCACCCAUUUGCUCUGAUAAAGCUAUGGGAUGAGUUAGUUAUUAUUCCAGUGACAAAAGUGCUGUCUGAAAAGAGCAAACUAAGGCAAAUGUCAGGUUGCAACAGUGGCUACCUAGAAAGAAAAUACUGAUGCCCGCUUCCACUUCCUUGCUGCCUACUGUGCUGAGUGAGUCUUUCACACUGUCAGAUUUAACCAAUAUCAUCUAGAUUCUUGCUCCAAGCUGAUCCUUGAAAGACAGUAACAUAAAAGCUUCUUCUGCAGAGCCUGCGUGCCCACUGACCUCCUGCCUUUCACAGAAGUGAAGGAGAGUUCCUGCAAGGUAAUGAGGAUGGUCUCAUACCAUAUGCACCAGCAAAGCAAACUUCUAUCUAUAUUUUGUUAGGGCACUUUCAAUUUUGGAGUUAAAACCAAUAAUGAUGGUACUUUGCAGGAGCCUUCUAAGAAAGAACAAAGAUUUGGGAGUCUUCCCACAUCAGCACCACACCUGAUUAUACUAUGAAUCAGUCAUAAUCAUAUGUAUUUAUUAAAGCAGAAGGGUGUCAUUAAUGAAAUUUAAUUUAGUUUUGAGAUUUUCAAAAGACAGAAAAUCGCUUUCUUCUGUAAAAUGUACAGCACAUUAUUUGAACUUUAAACGAAGGAAGGAAUAACAGGAUAUUCUGAUCAGAGCCUUCCAGUUACUUGCUCUUGGUAAAUCAUAGUUGUUCCAAGCAUAUGAAAUUGGUUAAAACAGAGGAUGCAAACAGCACUCUGCGUUGUGUUGGCCAAAGCAUCUCCCAAUGAGGUCUCUGUUUGCUUUGAGUGCUACAGAUACCACACCAUGUUCAGGCCUCACUCCAGUCACCAUAAUUACCAUUUACUCUUUCUUUGAUAGCAUCGGAAUCUAAUACCAUUUGCUGCUGUGUCAUUUAAAAUUUCCUGUGACAUUCUUGAAAAAGCUUCAACUUUCAGCUGAAAGGAUAGUAGCAACUUCUUCCAGAACACCAAGUGAUCCCUGACCAUUGCCCAAAUCUAGGGUGAGAAAAGAGAAUUUCUAAAAUUGCGUACAAGCUGAGUGAAAUGCUGUUUUAAUGACAUGUAAUUCCUUUAUUUUAAACUAUAAAUAUGCCAGAUUUUUUAAAUUAUGUAUUAUUUAUUAUAUUUUGGACUCUACACUGGGAAUAUCAUUCCUUCAGCAUUUAGCUUAAUGUUAAAAAAUGUGUAUACAAAUAUGAUAAUUGAUCACAAGUGGGAGUUCUCACAAAGAUGAAAAUAUUUUUGUUUCGGAAAGAAAAAAUUCAGGAUAAAACUGAAGAGAUGUGGAUGUCCUCAUCCUAUACUGCUUUUUAACAUACUGAAAAAACCCUAGAAAACAAGGUUUGCUGUAGAUAUAUGUACAAUAGAAAAAUAUGUUACGUAAAACCUCUUCCAAAAAUAAAAUGAAAAUACAUGGUUCAGUACCAUUAAAAAAAUCGUUAUUAUACUUCUUGCUUUUAGUAACAGUAUAAAUCCGUUUGGUUUUCAAGGGAGCUAAACUCAAGAGCACAGGCCAGAAGGGAACUGCAAUGUGGGCCAGAAGGUCUCCAUCUGGGGACAGCCAGGGGACACACAUUGUGGGCUGUACCAUGGAGCACGCUUCCCUCUGAUAUAAACAUAUCCUGUUGUUACAGACACACACAUAAAGCAAAAACAAACACACAAACAAAAAAUCCAUCCCCUGUUUUCCCUAGCUUCCUUCCAAUAUGCCUUUUAAAUGGAAGGGUUGGUUGUACCAAUGCUGUUUCCUCAUUGUGGUCAUUUCCACUUUGGCCCUGUGGUUGGAUCCAUGAACUAGACCCUUCUCGUUGUAUGAGGGGGCCAAGAAAGGGUCUCUGCUCAUGGUGGUAGUGUGUAGCAGACAGCGAUGCUUUCAGCAUCACAAAAUGUGGAAUUACUACUUUUAGCUCUGUAUUUAGACAGGGAGAACAUUUCCUUUUCCUCUAAUUCCCAUUGAGAGGAGAGAAACAUUAAGAACAAAAUGUUUCAGGCAAGAACGGAGUAGCAUUUUUGACUUCAGUAGCAUUUUAACCGAAGUAGAGCCUUGGGCAAGAGCAGAGGAAUUCCGACAUAACACAAGUAAACAUCUUACAGUCUAACUCCACUUGUUUCUUUGACUUUGGCAGCCCAGGCAUGAUGACUGCUUUGAGUCAAACCCACCCAUGAAGCUGAGCUACAAGGUCAAAUUCAAGAACAGGUCACCUUUCAGUUGACAACGCUUACUAAGUAGCCUGGUUUAUUCCUUUUCCAGCUAAAUAGAAAUGGAACAACAUAAAGGCUUGAAGUAUUAAUUGACUUCUAAACCUAGAUGCAGUUGAUGCAGUCGGUAUGGGUUGCAGUUUGGCGUUGGUCCUGUUGGGUGAGGUGUCACCAGUAACACAGAGAAACAGAAUGGUGGCAUUUUUCUUCCAGUGGUAACCUGAAGUUUGAACAGGGGAGAGGUUCGAGCAACCUUUAUGCUAAAUCCUGUAGCAGAGAAAUGUUCAGGGCAUGUCUCAGUCCAUAUCCUCCCUUGGACAUGCUGAUUGAGCUACAAUACUCCCUGCUGACUAAAAUGCAAUAGCUUCGAUUACAGAUUUCCCCAGGAAGGAAUGGGGCUAUGCUGAGGAAACCAGAAGAACAGUAGCAGCUCAGAUUUUCCUAACAGCUGGAAGGUGACGUGUGGGUGGGAGCUUUCUGUUUCUGCCUUUGUAUCUCAUUUUAUCUCCGGCAGUUUUAUUCAAAAACAUAUUGGAAGGGAUUAGAAAAGGAGUGUUUUGCAAAAAAUGAUGACUUCUUGGCUCGGUUUUUUAAGCUACACAAACUGCACCACUUCUGCCCUAAAUAAAGUAUAUCAGUGCACAGAGAAAUGUUGUAUUUUUAUUCCUCUUCAUUGCAAUGUGUUUGGCUAAUGCCUGUUUUUCCUUAUGCUACACAACAGCUGGUCUGCAAACAACCCUGUCGAAAGCCUCCGGUGGCAAUACCUUUAUUUAACUGUCACUUAAUGAUCUUACAGAAAUGUACAGGAGGACUGUGACUCCGCUAACGUCAUAGAGGGGCUUUGAUUUCAUAGUCAUUUGCCAUAAUUUCUAUCAGUGUCAGUGGAAAGGUCUGAACAGAGGCUACAGAAGCAGAAUCCCUGGAAAGCAUGACCUCUGGCACACUCCUCAGACAGCUCACGGCUGUUUCUUCACCAGGUGGCUUGGAAGGAUGUACUAGAAAAACCAUCUGGCUACAUGACUUGGGAUGGCACGAAUAGCAUUUUUGCUGUCUUUCUAGUUGCAAAUGGUGAGUUUUUGGUGAAAUAGCUUCCCACUUGGGGAUUAUUAUAUAUUAGACACAUGUGAUGGGCUUCACCCCAUGGCUGCAGCCUCCUAAACAGUAGUCAUAACUAAGCUGAUUGUCCAGGCUUCUUCUACUGGUCAGCAGAAAACACAUCCAGAGGUAACAAGAUGGGUGAAUCACUAUCUAGAGGUGCUUGCUUUCUCUGCUGGUUAGACAGGGAGUCUUAAGGAUUAAUUUAGAUGGCUUCUAAACUGGAGUUAGUUGGAAGGAACAUCAUCCAAAGGGUACACAGGCUGAAAUCCCUUCCAGGAGCCCACCCCCAGCGCCCAGCUCUUCAGAGCUUAUAUCCAGCAGCACACUGUUUUUCCAGAUGGCUUCUUUGUUCACAACCUGAGAGACCUCACCGUGUAGGAUGCUCUAUUACAGCAGAUUCAAAUCCUAAUGAAGUUAAGAAUUUAAAUUUUCAGAAAAGUCUCUCUAAGAUUUUGAAGAUUUUAAAAUUAAUGAUACUUUUUUGUCAUUCUGCUGAGUAGGCUAGAAAGCUACAGCAGAAUUUCGAUGAAACAGAACAGAUACAGGUGUCAGGAUUGUUGGCAAGGUGGUUCUUCUCAGCUUGAACCUAAGUUACAUACAGACCAGCCUGAAGGCUGAAUACAUUAUUCAGUUUCUGCAUAGCUACAGAAUGACCUCCCUUAAAGUCCAUGACUUUCAGUAAAACUAUCAUGAAGUUUAUUUACAGUGGUGAUUUUGUGUUACAAAUUGAGAAGAGGGUGAAAGCUAUAUUUUAAAAUGUGCACUGUAUAAAACUAAUAUAUUUUUAAAUAAUCU